ACAGUACGUCCUGUCAGACUAUAACAACAAGUAGAUAAAUGACAGGAUCUGAAUCAUUACUCAUAAACACUUUCUUGACUUAAAAUACAUUAAAGCAUUGGAUAGUUAUCAUUUAAGUUUUCUCAAUUACGAAUCUCACCACGAAUCUCAUUAUUCAAUACUCAAUAUAAGCACGUAAUUAAAUAAUAACAUGAAGAACACGUUAGAUCAGGUUUGCUUAAUUAACAAUUAAAUGAACUCAAGGGAUUAUUAUUAUCCCUUAAAGGCGCAGUAUUAUCAUCACAAGCAAAAUGCGCUAUAAGAAAAAGUAUGACAAAUUUAUUAAAGACAUUGAGAACCCUACGCCCAUCAAGCUAGAUCUUGCGCCCUACUGGCUUUUGGCUACCUUAAGAUUUGUACUGACCCUGACACCGUCAAUCGGAUAUAUACAUCCUGAUGAAUAUUUUCAAUCCAUUGAAGUUGUUGCUGGAGAAUACUUUGAUAUAGAUGUUUAUAAGCCCUGGGAAUUUAACACAACAUUUCCAAUCCGCAGCAUAACGAUUCCAUAUCUGACCGUUGGAAUACCUUAUGCGAUUCUCAAUAGACUUUCUCCUUACUCAUUUUAUAUAUUCGGCACAACGCUGAAGUCUCCAUAUUUUCUGCUGGUGUUUCCAAGGCUACUGAUAUGUGCCAUCUCGUUCAUCUCAGAUUACUGCCUCUACAAGAUCUGUUAUAUUUAUGGACAAAAUUAUAGAACCAGACUUAUUACGUAUGCAAGCUCUUACGUUAUCUUGAUAUAUUCUACUCGAACAUUCUCUAACACCAUUGAACUCAUACUCACGUCUACAUUGCUUUACUUCGUUGCCAAGUGCAUGGCAAUCUCAGACUCGAUUGUCCACAAAGAUGACUAUUUAUCAGAUAAAUACAAGAGAGCAGGGAAUGUUGUAGAUCGAGUGAAAUAUUUCAAACUCCGUGCUUCACUACCCAGCCAUUCAUUGAACAACUGUUUAAUCCUUGCAACCAUUACAGUUAUAGGCAUUUUUAAUCGGCCAACCUUUAUGGCCUUUGCAUUCGCCCCCAUAUUUUUUUGGCUACAACGGGGGCUUGGUUCAAAAAACAUUGGACUUGCCGACUUCCACAUUAGAAUAUUCACCUUUGUAUUAUGUGCAAUCCCCACGGCAGUAUUUUUCAUAUUAGCAGAUAGCUUCUACUUUGGAUAUUUGACCAUGAGCGAAAUACAGAAUCUCCAGAUAAGCAUAAAUAACUUUGUAGUCACACCUCUGAAUUUUUUCAAGUAUAAUUCACUCACCGAAAACCUUGCGAGUCAUGGGUUGCACCCAAAAUUCCUUCAUCUAAUGGUCAAUGUCCCGCUACUCUAUAAUGUUCUGGGGCUGGUUGGCCUCUUUGCAUUUGGGAGCCUGGUUUAUAGAGGUCUGAGGGGUCGUUGGUCAGAGCUUCCUCGUAUACAAAGCAUAAUAGGUCUGAUGACGGCAUCUUUUAUUCUACCAAUAAUCAUGCUUUCCAUUUUUCCACAUCAAGAACCCAGAUUCCUAAUCCCUGUGACUCUGCCCCUGAUCUUCUUACACUCACAAAGGAUAAGGCAAGUGUCAAAUCUCAAUACAGUUACUCGAGUAGACAACAACAACUCCAGUUUUGCAUUCAAACGUAAUAAGAACAACACAAGUAAAAUGCUGGUCAUUUGGUACGUUGUUAACAUGGUCCUCACAUUUUUCUACGGCUUUGUUCAUCAGGGAGGAGUCUUACCGCUAGUCUCACACCUGGCUGCGGAAUUGAAAGCAAAGCCUUAUGUUACCAAUAUUCAUUUGUUUACUUCACACACUUACUCAAUACCCACCGCCCUGUUACAGUUGAGAAAUACUCGAAAAAUAUACGUCACUAAAGAGCAACGCAAGUACAAGUUAGCCAAGGAUUUUCAUCUCUACGAACAAGGAUCUGAGAGUGUUGAGCAAAUCUAUGAAAAUAUCGCACAAAAGAUACGAGAGUGCGAGAAAAAACUGAAGAGCAAAAAACAGCCCUACCGAAUAUAUUACGCGCUGCCCGCCAGUUUUCUCAAUGAAUUUGCUGCCUACACCUUUCACAAUGAAUCUCAAGUAUUUCACCACAAAACCGUUAAAAUGUUUUACCCGCAUCUAACUGUUGAAAGAUUACCAUCCAUAGAUUUUUUCAACGAAUGCACUGAUUUUGAUAGUUUAGAAAUUUGUACAAAAAAAAUUGUCGAAAACGUUUUAGAAAACGUUUAUAAAUUCGUCCAUCAAUUGAGUUUAGUGUUAUUGAAAAUAGAAUCUCCUGUUACGACAAGUUCGCACGUCGCUAAGAACACAAUCCUAUAUUAGCAUUUUUGUAUAUUACGAGGUUAUUACCUCUAAUGAACUCAAUUAAUUGAUAUUACUACACUUUAAUCUAUGCUUAGCAUUACGUGAAUAUUGUACUCAUUUGCUCUGCUAUUUUGAUAAAAUUAAGAUCUGUUAUUUAGAAACCAAAGCUUGGAAAAUAAAUUCUUCUGUUUGAAUAAACUUCAAUAUGUUCUAAUAA